UUCGAACUCGCCGCCGCCAGAAAAAUCCGUUGCAGUUUUUGUUUGCUUCCGCUAGGUAAAGCAAGUUCCUCUUGUUUCGCGAAAAUCUGCUAAAAUAUAUAAAUUAAAAUCAAAUCGUGGGCAUUGUUGGCUCUCAAGUGAAGUUGUUCGGUGGAUAGAACGUUGAUUCGUACAGUUUGUGAUCCAUUUCAAGCCGAGAAAAAUAUGGGAAUUUUCCACAGCAAGAUUGCACCCGACAGCAAAACAAUCGAACAGCUGAACAAUUUCGAUGAUCCGCGAUCGCCAACCGUUAACAUCAACCGUAGCCCAAUUGGGCCGGAGCUUGCAUCUGACAAACCCAUCAUUACCAAAGUGCGAGAUCUAACGGCAGACCUUACGGAACUGCUGGACAAUGUACAAACUCCCGACCGGCUCCCAACGGAAAAGCUACAAUCCGUCUUGGAUCCUCGCUCCCCUGGCAUGUUCCUGAGAACUCCUUUGGUAUUGGACGAAUCGGGUGCUUCCAACAUCAGUUUGCGCGGCAGUUCCAUCGAAUACGAAGAAAUUGACUGCGAUGGCGAGCUUUCGUUCAAGGAUUGCACCGCAACGGACAUUUCGGAAGUGCUUAGUGUCGGUCCCGCCGAUGGCAGUGGAAGCAUUUUCAGCAAUACUAGUUUGAACACGGAAUUGAAGGCUGACAUCGAUAGCAUUAUCCAGAAGCUGUACGACGCAGGUAGCAUAAAAGACCCACGUUCUCCUUCGGUUGACAUCCAGAGGACACCGAUCGUUUUCCAAGAAGAGGUAGAACCGAAUCCCAUUGAAGACAAAGAGGAGAUCGAGAGCGAAACAAAGGAAGAAACGAAUGUAGAACAGCCACAUGUCCAGCAAGAACAGCAGGAGAUCACAUACAAAGCAAACGAGGAAAAAACUACGGCGACCAAGCCAUCGACGAUCAUCCAUCAGGACGAGGACAUCACUACACCGGUACUGGCCGUUACCACUACCCCUAAGCGAAACAAGUCGGAAUUGAGCGCACGCAAGAUCGCCGGUGGUCCUCGUACGCCACUGGGGUGCGUUACGAAUGUGCAACCACUCUCUGGAAGCAUCACGGGACACGAUGUGCUCCGCAAGACGGCACUGAUUGGCCAGAUGAAACUGGGGAGUUCCGCUGGGAUGAUGAUGUCCUCCAGUGCGGAGGCUCCCGUUGCAAAGAAACUACAAACGCGGUCCAAAAUUCCUACCUUCAGGAUGAAAUGAGUCAACGGAGCUACUGUAUGUAUGUAUUCAUUGGUUUUGGUUAGGACUCAUUAAAAUCGACUGUCGCAUUGAGUUUCGAUUCAUUUUUUUAUAUUUUCUAUUAGUAUUUAGAUCAUUUCGAAUAAAAGCUUUAAGAAAACUUUUCCAAUAACUCUUCGAA